UGGGGCUCAAUUCUGAUCAUAUGACCUAGUUGACCUUUGACCAAGCAGUGGAGCUAGUUUAUAGUCUUCACUAUAUCACAGCCACCAGGUCUUUAGCAAUGGCCUCCACUGCCCCUGAAGAUAAGGGAUGGACAUUUGAUGCCUUUGACACGGGAACCAUGCAGCUUGCUGGUAAGAAGGAGCUUGAAGGGUACCAGUUGUUUCUGGCUGAGUACUCUGGUCAGUUAAAGGCCACAGAGGAGGCUCUUGAUGACACACUAGGGGACGCAUGGGACUUCACCCUGGACCCCAUAGCCUUGCAGGCAUCUCAUUACGAGCAUGCCAGCCUGCUCGAGCUGAUCAAGACAGAACACAAGAUUCUCAACAAAGUGGUGACCGUAUUUGCUGCCCUCUGCUCUGAGAUUGAUGAGCAUAAGACCAAGGCCCGGACCAAAUUCUACCUCCCCCUGCUGAUGUACGGAGAGAGUGGAUCUCCCCUCCAGGACGGUGAGGCUCAGCUCAUGAUGGGGCGACUGCUGCACACGCUCCAGGACUUGACGUUGUUCGUGAACCGUAUCAACGAACUGGUGAAGAGUGCAGUACAGCAAUUGGCCUCUCUCUACAGUUCUGAGGGGUUUCAGGUGAUACGGGCGGAUGGUAUCCACUUGCAGACAGUAUUUGAGCGUAUCUGUGAUGCCCUGGGCAUUCUGAUCACUCUGGAUCACAUCUUCAAGAGCCAGCCCACCAUCAGAGAGCACUGGGAACAGUACAAGAGGAUCAUCACGUCCAUCAAGGGAGCACCGACAGAGUAUGGGGUGGAGGAGACUAAGUUGAAACCUUUCGAGAAACUGCUGCAAACACUCGAGGGAAAACUCAUGGAGGGGAACAUCUUUACUUCGUGUGUGACCCAGAUCUUCGACACUCCCGAGGUGGACGUGAAACACAACAAGCUACUGAGUGAAGAGUUUGCCCUCAACCUGGAGGCCAUCUUCCUCUCCAUCCAGAGCAGACUGGGGGAGACAAACGAGAUGGGACAGAGAGGGAAGAUUAUCGGGCUCAGUGGAAUCACCGUUCUCGUCUUCCAGCUCUACAACUAUACUGAUCGCAAGUUUAUCAAAUCUCUCUGGGAUCUUCACAAAAAAGUUCCCGGUGUGCAUGUGAUCGGCAACCUGGUGUGGUAUCACACUGGCUUCCUCAAGCGCUACCUUCCCCACGCCAUUGAUAUAAUGGACAAGAAGCAGCUGGCCCUGGUCAGAACCGUCAGGGAGCAGUACCUCGCAGAGAAGAGUACUAACAUUCCUAGGAUGGCCCAGAGCUUCUACAUGCAAGUGUCUGUGUGGAUGGUGCGGAUGGACUCUGAACUCUCGUACGCCUCCUCAAAGUCGGAUCCCAACGGCAUCAAGGCGGAGAUCUCCUCCAGAGCAUCUCUCUUCAUUCAGGGCCUCCUACUGGGUUACUCCAUCAGCAACAACCUUCGUACAGUACUCGGUUUCCAUCACUCCCUCAACAAGCCUAUGAGCAAGGCCUCUGCCUUGGGGGCCUGCCGCCUCCUGGAACUGCUCAAGUGUAUCCAGUACACAUUUCAUCGCCGGGCAGUCCUCGUGGCAGAGAGUCUGCUCCUCAUCAUCAACCACUACGAACUGGGGCUGCUCUCACACAUAGAGGCUGUCACUCAACAAAUUCAGCAGUCUAGACAACAGAAGAAAGGUUAUUCUGAAGUGGCCUUGGACGUUUUGGCUGCAUACUCUCUCAUGAAGACAAUGAUAAAUGGCCCAGGCACAAAGGAGCGUCGGCUGGUGGCUAAUCUGGCCUACCACUUCUCCCGUCCCCGAACAGAGAAGGAGGAUAACAGAGUUCCUGGGCUCAUGAGGAAGCUGGACGUUAUCUGUGAACUCAGGGAACUUGUCCAGGGAGCGUGUGAUUGCAGCCUUCUCUUCUGGCACAAGGAGGUACUUGUUCCUCUCUACUUUGCCAAUAUCUACCAGAACCCAACCAACUGUCACAGACUUCAUUAUAUGUUUGCAUCCCUACGUGACUGUGUACCUGUCAUCAAGUGGUCCCGCCAUCUUGACUCACCACAAACCCUCCUCAAGAGCUUCGAGGAAGAGAUUGACGGCUACCUCAAGGACAAGAUCCUGGCCCCUCUGUGUCUGGCACUGGAGGAGGACCUGCGACUCAGCUCUCAUCUCCACCUCAAGUUGGACGACAGGAAUCCAUUCAAGGUGGGGCUGAGUAACAUGAGGCACUUUACAGAAGUGAAACCCAUCAGGUUCUUUGACAGGAGUAUCGACAUCAAAGCUUAUGUGACUCACUACCUGGAUACUGUGUUCUACAACCUGACAACCCUCAACCCCCACGAUUGGAAGACGUACGGGGACAUGAGGAACUUGGCCGAGCAGAAGUACGGCCUCGUAAUGUUGGAGCCCCACCUGCCCAGUGGAACGCUUGAACAGGGUCUGGAUGUGCUGGAGAUCAUGAAGCACAUUGACGUGUUUGUCACCCAGUACUGCUAUAACCUCAACAACCAGAUCUUUAUUGAGCGCAAGUCAGACAACAAGCACUUGAACACUAUCAAUAUCCGCCAUAUUGCCAACUCCAUCAGGACUCACGGCACUGGCAUCAUGAACACCACUGUAAACUUCACUUAUCAGUUUCUGCGAAAGCGUUUCUUUACCUUCUCACAGUUCAUGUACGAUGAGUACAUCAAGGCUCGUCUCCUGAAGGAAAUCAGAGUGUACAGGGAGACAAAGGAACAGCUCCGGCAAAUGUACCCAGUGCCGAGGGCCGAGCGGUUCCACAAGGUGAUCCGUAACCUAGGCACCAGCCCGGAUGGACUCAGCUACCUGGACCAGUUCAGGGUGCUCAUCACACAGAUAGGCAAUGCCAUGGGCUAUAUCCGUAUGAUUCGCUCGGGUGGUCUCCACUGCUGCAGCAAUGCCAUCAGGUUUGUGCCCGAUCUGGAGGACAUAGUGUGUUUCGAGGAUCUGCUCAAGGAGCAAGAAGGCGUACCUGAUGAGUGUGUGAUGGCCGCUCGCAUCUUUGACUCUGUCGUCGGCAACUUGGCAAAGAACUUUGCUGAGGGAACAGAAUACUUCAAGCUAUUGGUGGAUGUGUUUGCUCCGGUGUUUCGUAACCCCAAGAGCCGGCACUUGCAGAACUUCUACAUGGUGGUGCCCCCACUCACUCUCAACUACGUAGAGUAUCUCAUGAAUGCCAAGGACAAAAUGAACAAGAAGAACAAGCAAGGAGCGUCCUUCACGGAUGAUGGGUUUGCUAUGGGUGUGGCUUACAUCCUGAAGCUGGUGGAUCAGUACCACGCCUUCGACUCCCUGCAUUGGUUCAACUCAAUCUACCACAAGUACCGAACUGAAAUGAAAACUGUUAGAGAGAGCGGUGAGAAAGGACGAGGAGAUGACAAGCUCCAGGCCACCAUCUCGCUCUCCCUCAAGAGAUUGGAGAGCUACCUCAGAGAGUUUGAGCUUCUCGACUAUUCUCUGAGCAGUGCCAGGAUAUUCUUCCGAGCGGACCUCACUGCCCAAGAGGAGGAGGACAAACAGAAGGCCGAGGAGGGAGCUGUGGGGGGCGAGGCUGCCCCCCCACCCGCAGAGGAGACUCCAGCACCACCACCCCCUCCAGAUGCAGGUUCCUCUGGCGGCCCCCCACCCCCUCCUCCCCCACCACCUCCACCACCGCCCCCACCACCAAUGUAACAAGCUCCAAGCUGCACACAUGCACUAGAGAACUCUCUCAGAUUAAAACUCAAACAAAGUACUUGUAUAUGUUUUGUGUUUGCUAUUAGCAGUUUGUGAUAAGCUUGGAAUUUUUUUAUGUUUGUGAUUCUGCAAAUACAUUAAUUUAUGAUAACUAUACACGA